AUGUCAACUCUUCCAACUACAAUGAACGCAAUCAAAAUUAGAGAUGGUAAAGCUGCCUUUGAAUCUGGUGUCGCUCUGCCUGUUCUUGAAGAAGGAAACUUUCUAAUUAAAGUUAUUUCUGUAGCUGUUAACCCAACAGAUUGGAAACAUGUGAGCUAUAAGAUUGCUCCAAAUGGUGCCACCGUUGGGUGUGAUUGUGUUGGUGAAAUUGUAAAAUUUGGUGAAGGCGUCGAUACCUCAAGAUUUUCUAUUGGUGAUAUAGUUUAUGGUUUUGUUCAUGGAAGUUCAAGAAGACUACCAAAUAAUGGGGCAUUUGCUAAUUAUGCAGCAAUGGAUUCAAAUGUUGCAUUUAGAGCACCAGAAGGUAUUAAAUUGAGUGGCAAAGCCUCAAUUCCAGAAGGUCCAUGUAACACUAUUGAGAGCUUAGCAUCCUUGCCAAUUUCACUAGGUACUGCAGGUAUGAUCUUGACUGAUAGUUUCAAAAUUAAAAUGGAAUGGGAACCCACCAAAGUCCAAAAAGAUACCCCAAUUUUAAUCUGGGGUGGUGCGACCGCAGUUGGUGAAAUUUUAAUUCAAUUAUGCAAGAAAUUAAAUGCUUUCUCUAGUAUUAUCGUUGUAGCUUCUAGAAAGCACGAAAAAAAAUUAAAAGAAUAUGGUGCAGAUGAUUUAUUCGAUUAUCAUGAUUCAGAUGUUGUUGAACAAAUUACUAAAAAAUAUCCAAAUCUAGAAUACUUAGUCGAUGGGGCAUCUACAAGAGAUACCAUUCAACAAGUCUACAGUUGUGCUACAAAGACUGGCCAAGCAACUGUUUUAAAUUUAAUUGGUUUGAAAGAUGAUGCAAUUAAGCCUGAAAUCAGAAGAUCUAAUGUCAACUUAAUCACUACAUUAUUGUAUUGCGUGCUUGGUAAAGAUGUUCAAUUUCCAACUUUUACUUUACCAGCAAACCCAGCAUAUAGACAAGCUGCUAUUAAUUUUAUUCAUUGGAUUGAACCAAAAGUUAUUGCAGGUGAAAUACGCCACAUUCCUAUCAAAGUUUAUCCAAAUGGCUUACAAGAUAUUCCACAAAUGCUUAAUGACUCAGAAACUGGGAAAGUUUCGGGUGAAAAAUUAAUUACUGUUAUUUAA